UUUAAUUAUUAUUUGGACAUUUUAGAUACCGAGAUGCUGGAUAUGUCUACUAGCCAACCUUCAACAUCUGGCAAAAAAUCAGUAAAAAAUAAAGAAGCAACUUCCCUUAUCACUAAAAAAACAAAAAAAAAUCCACCUAAAAAGACAACAGGGUUAAAAUCUGCAAAUUCUGCCAGCAACACUAAAAGAGUCACAACUCAUUCAACCGAAAAUCCUUUGCCUUCCACUUCUCAAGUUAAUCCUAGUGUGAAUAGGUCAGAACUACAACCAACCGACCAAAAUAGCCCGAGUGUGCAAAGGAGAGCGGGAAUAUUUACUGGAACACAAAGUUAUGCACCCACCUUCUAUCCAACAGAAGAAGAGUUUGAUGUAAGAAUCUUUAAAUAGCUAGACAUAAUA